UUUUUUAGCAUCUCUUUUCUCUCAAAGGAAAGAAGUGUUAUUAUAUCAAUUGUCAAACCUCUCAACCUUUUUUUCAUUUUCAACAAAAUAAAAUAAAAUGGCCAUUAGAAAAUCAAACAAAUUGUCACAAUCUGCAAUGUUGAAGCAAAUCUUGAAAAGAUGUUCAAGUUUAGGAAAGAAGAAUAAUAGCUACGACGAUGACGAAAAUAGCCUUCCAAUUGACGUACCUAAAGGUCAUUUUGCAGUUUACGUGGGAGAAAAUCGAACACGAUACAUCGUACCUAUUUCUUUUUUGAGUUAUCCAGAAUUUCAAUGUCUACUCCAUCGUGCUGAAGAAGAAUUUGGAUUUGAUCAUGAUAUGGGCAUUACUAUUCCAUGUGAAGAAGUCGUUUUCCAAUCAUUAACAUCGUCCAUGUUGGGUAAUUAGUGUAGUAUUAGGUGUUAAUUAAUUAAU